AUGGCUGCCGCUUCUCGUGUAGCCAUUAGCGGAUGCAGCCUCUUGUCGACCACAACCAGCGGAUUCAAGGAAUGGAUUUACGAGCUCCAGCAAUUUAAUACCUUCAAUAAUCUGCUUCCGCCGUCUGCGCGAUGCAGAGCGAGGCGUGGUGACCUUGGUCAACCAAUUCGCGGGAGAAGCCCUCGAGUUUUUACCGUCAUCUCCGCUGCGUCAGACUGGAACCGUGACUUGGGCGAACCCGCUGUUUGGCCAGGAGCGCGGGAACGUAAACGCGGGAAAAACGGGCGAGCGGCGAGGCGAAGCGUCGCUGCCGCAGCAGCUCCGCGAGACGGACGAGAAGGGCCGGCUCUGGGUGACGUGGACGGCAAGGCGUGGUUCGAGGAUGACGUGGAGUUCGUGCUCCACCUGGCGAGCGAUGAGGAGCUGCGCGAAUUAUGGGAUAUUCUCUACGGCCGCAGCCUCUUCAGCCCCGUGUUUAAGUCGAUCACUGCGGGGGAUGGUUCCGCGUCUGCCGCGCAGCUGUUUAGCGCGGCUUUUGGGGAGAGCAGCGAGGGGCUGGAGAGGGAGGAUCUAAUUCAACGGCUGGAGGCCCGAUUUUUCUUCCUGUCCGCUGAUGCGCGAGACACCGUGACUGGCAACCGCCCUUCGUACCGAGAUGUGCUGCUGACGGUGCGGCAGCGGCUGGGAGUGCGAUGCAGUGUGUCGCUGUCCACGCCUGACCUAGAGAGCGAAAUAUUCCUGCACUUGCUCAACAACUAUGCGGACACUAUGGAAGAGGACAUCGGCAGCAGCAGCAGCACUAGCAGCAGCUCUGGGAGCCCAUGGGCUGUAGCAGGGGAAUGGGCCAUGGGACAAGAGAGCAAAGCCGCAGAGGAGAACAGAAGAAGUACAAGAGACAGCAACUGGGACUUGGGGUUUGGGAAUGAGGAGGAGGAGGAGAGAGGCAAGGGAGGGGGGUUGGGGUCGUGGGCGGUGGGGACGCUGCGGAGCGGUGUGAGAGCAGCAAUGCGCAUGGGGCGCGAUGAGAUUCUUGCUACGUUUCUCAAGGGCGGGUCGGCUUUAACCCUCACUACUGUCAAGAAACUGCUGCUAUCGCGCAUCACUGGGCGGGUUCUGUACGAGCGAGCCAAGUACGAAGUCACACAGAUGGCUCUUAAAAGGGGUGGGCAGCUUGUACUGUCAACAAUUGAGUCUCGCCUGGCGUUCUACAGUGCCAAGCAGGGUCUGGCAGCAGCAACGGCUCGGUAUGUCAGCCUCAGAAGCGCCAUGGCUUUACUCGGGCCUCUGCUGUGGGGUGCGUUCAUAGCAGACGUGGUGGUGCAGUCAUUGGGAACAGACUAUGCUCGUGUGGUCAGAGCUAUCUUCUCAUUCGCACAGAUCCGCCUCACAAGGACACACAUUCCAACGCUAGAACGGCAGGUCUCUGGCAUCCUUGCCCCGAGCGCCAAGCUCAGCGCGCUGCAGCAGCUGCUGCAGUCGUACACCCAGACGCUCGCACUGUGCCCGGACUUCCUGGAAACCCAGCAGGUCGGCUUCCCUCUCCUUGCCGCCACCUCUGCUCCCAGGCCGCACAUCUCCUGCCUAUCCUUCCACCCCUCGUCCUUCUCCGCCCCUCGCCUCGCUGCUGCUACCUCCACGGGCCUGCUCGCAGUCUACUCCUCCUCUGCACAGCACAUCUCAUCCGUGCAUGACCUCUCUCCAGUGCUAGAGUGCCGCGUGGGAAGGAACGGGGUGGAGGGAAUGGCAUGGGGGCUAGAUAGAACGGCAGGGCAGUCCCUCCCACCGUCACGGCUCCAGCUCCUCUCAUCAGCAUCAGCACCAUCCUUCUCCGAUGUGGCGUUUCUUCCUUUCUACUCCUCCUGUGUGGCAGCAUGCACGGCGUCGCGAGCGGCACUGUGGGACGUCAGGGCGUCUCUCUCUUCCCCAGCCAUGCUCUUCCGCCUGCCUGACGCCAGGCGAUCACCUGCCACCACCACCACCACACUCAAGUGCUUCGCACCUGCACUCAUUUCCCUACUCCGCUUCCCCCAUUACAGUGUGGCAGCAUGCACGGCGUCGCGAGCGGCACUGUGGGACGUCAGGGCGUCUCUCUCUUCUCCAGCCAUGCUCUUCCGCCUGCCUGACGCCAGACAAUCGCCUGCCACCACUACCACACUCAAGUGCCUCGCACCUGACCCGGAUGCUUCUGCGAACGGCAGCAGUGGAAGGAGUGGGAAGGGGAAUGGAGGACUGAGUUUUGGCGGAAAUGGUGGGGGGAGUGGUGGGGAAAGCGAAGGUAUAAGUGGUGCUGUGGAGUGGGCAAGUGGAGUGACAGAGAGGGAUGGUAGGGGGCUGGUGGAAGAGGGGUUGCUUGCAGAGGUUGAGAGGGAUAUUGAUAAAGACGUAGGAGUGAAUGGAACCCUCCCGCUGCACCUCUUUUCCACCUCUCAUCUCUUCGGUUCUGUGCCGUCGUUGCAGCUACAGGCAGGAACGAUCUCUUCUGCAGUCCAGCACCUGUCUUUUGACCCUGCAUCUGCCUCCCGCCUUUCCUUCCACCUCAACAACGGCUGGAGUGGAGUCCUGCAUGUGCCCUCGCUCUCCCUCUCCCACAUCCACUGUCCGCCCCCACCCUGGGUGAACACACAGCCAGAAGUCGAGGAGGACGAGAGGCUAUACGAGUACGACCACCCGCAACAUCAACAUCAACAGCAGCGCACGGUAGUGGCGCCACCAGUGGUGGAUUCGUGGACUUGGAGCCUUGUCAGUCGCCGGGUUCCCGCUUGGCUUCCGCAAUCGGUACUGUGUGUCCCCUCGGCCAGGGAUUCCCACCUCUUCUUCCUUGAUCUAGGCUCGGGAUCACCUCAUGCCACCCCAUCCUCCUCUGAAUCCAAUCACGGAUCUGCCUCAUCUUCAGACUCUCUUCGACCACAAGCAGCUACCGGCGGCAUCGACGGAUCGGGCAAUGGCGGCAGCGGCGGUGGCGGCGGCGGUGGCGGUGGUGGCGGCGGCGGCGGCGGAAGCGGUGACAGCAGCAGCAGCGGUAGCGGCGGAGGGUUCAACCCUUUCGCGGCUUUCCUUAGAGGGUGGAACGAUCGCAUCGCGGCCGAUCCGGGGUUUGCGUUCAAGGUCCUUGCGGAGAUGGUCAUUGGCGUGACCGCGUGCGUGAUCGGCGACAUGGCGGCACGCCCUAACUUCGGCAUGAACGAGCUCGACUUUGUCUUCUCCACGCUCGUCGUCGGAUCUAUUCUGAACUUUACGCUCAUGUUCCUCCUUGCGCCCACCUCCGCCGCCGGCGCCGCCGCCACCCUGCCCGGAAUCUUCGCGUCGAGUCCGACGGGUCACAUGUUCGAGGCCGGAAAAUACUCCGUGGUCCAGCGCGCCGGCACGUUCGUGUACAAGGGUAUUCAGUUCGGUUUGGUCGGUUUCGUAGCCGGUCUUUUUGGAACCGCGAUCUCCAACGGUCUCCUCGCGGUGCGCAAGAAGCUCGAUCCGAACUUCGUCGUGAUGAACGAAGCGCCGCCGACGAUUCUUAACGCCGCCACGUGGGCGCUGCACCUGGGGCUGAGCAGCAACCUUCGGUAUCAGAGCCUGAACGGGAUCGAGAUGGCGCUCGGCGCGCGGCUGCCGCCCGGCGUGUUCAAGGGCGUCGUUUUCGCGCUCCGAGGGAUCAACAACAUCAUUGGCGGCGUGUCGUUCGUCACACUGGCGAAGCUGACCGGAUCGCAGAAAUCGGGCACUGCCGCCACAGAGGACGCUGAUGCGGAAAAGAAGGCGGCUUUCAUUAACGUACGGCUCACUGAUCUGUUCCUGCUACCCUCCCUUCAUCCCUCUUCCCCUCUCUGCUUUCCCCCUUCCCCUCUCUUCUUUCCCUCUUCCCCUCUCUUCUUUCCCUCUUCCCCUCUCUUCUUUCGCUCUUCCCCUCUCUUCUUUCCCUCUUCCCCUCUCUUCUUCCCUCUUCCCCUCUCUUAUUUCCCUCUUCCCUUCCCACCUUUAACUCCCUCCUCUCCUCUCCUCUCCCUUCAUAUCUCCUCUGUACAUCGUUUUCCCUAG